CGGCGGUGCAUGGGUUUGGGAGAAGUAGACGUAACUUCGGCAAUGUAUCUUCCCGCGCCUCUCUUUUGUAAGAAAACCAUAAAAAAUAAGUUCCUUGCAAUUUCAACUGAAUUCCGUAAAAGUUUCAUUCAAUUCCCAGAAAACCCAAUGAUCCGUUGUCAUAAUUCGCUCUCAAAGGAUCUUUGCAAUUCCAAAUUUAUCGAAAUUUUUUUCUCACGACGCCUUCGGACAAAGUCCAGUCAUGAGGACUACUCUCAAAUACGAAAGAACGGUGGAGAAGGAGAAGAAAAAGGGCACUUACACCUUCUCAAAAGCAGAGGACAGCACCUAUUAACAAACCCUCGAGUCCUGGAUUCCAUUGUCCGAACGUCUAGCAUAAAACCAGACGAUACUGUUUUGGAAAUAGGGCCUGGAACCGGAAAUCUCACUCUCAAGCUCCUUGAAGUAGCCAAGAAAGUCGUAGCUGUCGAGAUUGACAAGCGCAUGGUGGAGAUUCUUUGUAAACGCGUCGCUGAAGGAGGGCUCCAGGAUCGCUUGAAUGUUAUCUGCAGUGAUGCAUUGAAGACUGAGUUUCCAGAGUUCAAUCUUGUUGUGGCAAACAUUCCAUAUGGCAUAUCUUCACCCCUGUUGGCUAAGUUGGUUUUUGGGGCGAAGCUGAACCCAUUUAGGAGUGCAACACUUUUGCUUCAAAAAGAGUUUGCAAGGAGGCUAUUGGCAAAGCCAGGUGAUUCUGAAUUUAAUAGAUUAGCCGUGAAUGUGAGGCUGCUGGCUGAAGUGGAAUUCGUAAUGGAUGUGAGCAAGAACGAUUUUCUACCACGUCCAAAGGUAGAUUCUUCGGUGGUAAAAGUCUAUCCAAAAAAUGUGAUUCCAGACGUCAAUCUUGAGGAAUGGUGGGCAUUUACGAGGACUUGCUUUAGUAAGAAGAACAAAACGCUAGGUGCGACGUUUAAGCAAAAGAGGAAGUUAAUGGAAUUAAUGAAGUUGUCAAAGGCACAAGGGCUUUGUCAAGGUAGUAGGCACUGCCAUAAUUGUGAUGCCCAUGAAAAUGCAGAUGAAGAGAGGGUGAGUGGUGAAGGGAACUCUGAUUUGUCUUCUGCAUCUGGAGUGUGCAUGAGCUUGUUCAGAGAGAAAAUAAUUACCAUUUUGGAAUCUGGUGGAUUUGCAAAUAAAAGGCCUUCAAAAUUGUCUAACAACGAACUCAUGCAAAUAUUGUGUUCAUUCAAUCAAUCUGGGAUAUAUUUUCAUGAUAAGACAAAGCCCGAGGUUGCACUUGCAAGUGAUGCUGCUUAUGACAACCUGUUAUAACAAAAAUUCUCUAGUGUAAGCCUGUAUUGGUGGUAAGUUUUUUCUAUUUUGAUCAAUCAUAUAUGUUAUUGCUGCAAAUCCUGCUCAUGAAGCCAUAUAAAAUGAUCUUGUGCAGUUAAAGAAUAUAUCUACACUGGCGAGUCAAUGAAGUUAGUACAAUCACUAUGUUGAAAUUAAGGGUAACAUAGAUUUAAUCUGCUGAUUUCAUAGCCUAAUCGAAUUAAAGAAAAUUAUAUUGGAGAAUUUCCUUUUUUGCAUGAUGGCUGUUUUACAGCUAAUGGUAGCUUGCAAACUCGCUACUCUUCUAAAGCUAUUGCUAGUAAAUUUUGUCAACUAACGAUCAUGGCUUUAAGAACGUGUUCCUGCAAGUUAAAGAAUUUUGCGGCUAAUAUCUGUUUGGGGAUUAAAGGUAAGAUAAUUCUAACCCAGUGAUAGAUUUUUUUGGUGCUUUUUGGGCAUUAAUCUGUGCUACGUACAAAGAAAACUUUUCCCUCUUCCAGUGAAAUGCUGAUUCUAGGAGAACCAUAUCGAGGACAAGUGGACCACAGACCCACCAUGAUUGACUAAAAGGGAAGUAGAACGGUAGCAUUAGAUCUUAAUUUGAUUUUUAGGAAUACUUUCAACACAAUCAAGUUAGAUGAGACCUCGAUGUUUUGACGGUAUUCAUAUCUAGCAAUCCUUUAUUAUGAAUGAGAUUUUUUACUGAAGAGUUGGGAAUUCUUUGCUGUCAGCGAAUCUUGAAUGAGUAUAAAUCAGUAAUCAUGUCAUACUUUUCAUAGGAAGUAUGCUGCUAGCUGAGAUAUAUUUUUAUGCACUUAGAAAUUGUUAUGAUUCUAUAAAUAAAUAAUUAGUUGUACGUGUUCAAUACAAUUUACCAUUGAGCAAUUAUUAAAGGUUUCAAGGUUAAAUGUAAAUUAAUGAAAUAUGCACAGAUGCAUGGAACACCUGAUUCAUAAUAUAUAAACAAAAUACUUGUCUAUAACUAUUCGAUAGGGUUGAACAUUUUAUUCUAAUUGUUUGAGAGGAAAACCAG